AACUGACCUACUAAGAUUUCCCAUUUACCAGUUAACUAGAAGUGCUUUUCGUUGUUUUUGUUUCUCAAAACUGCAAACUUUUUCCUAUUUUUCAAAAUCGUAAUUUUUUUUUUGUUCUUCCCUAAGUUUCAACUGUCAAGGCAAAAGUUUUUUCUUUUUCUUUUUUAGAAAUAUGAGUGCUCCCUAAUUUUUCAUCUGCCAAACUAUAAAAAGCGCCAUAUAUUUGAAACGCUUCAGCUUUCUGGAUAGUCAUUUCAUUUGCGGUUAUCUUUUAUGAUUUAAAAUUUUACAGUUUUGUUUUACAUUUGCAAGUAAUCUAGUAUCUGAUGAAUCAAUUGUGUAUGGAGAAUAUUUAUUUUGUUGGUCUGUGUUGCUUUAGGUGAAUUAUUGAUUCAAAAUUUUCUAUUCUUACCAGGUUUCACUUUUAUAUGUGGUCUGAUAGAAGCUUUUGUUGAUAAUUUGUGCAUUGAGUGCUUAAAUGCUUCAAAGUCCCACAAUGGUUGCACAGGGCUUCACUGUGGAUUUAAAUAAAGCUCUAGUCUUCCAGGUUGGCCACCUUGGAGAAGCUUAUCAAGAAUGGGUUCAUCAGCCUAUUGUUAGCAAGGAAGGACCUCGAUUUUUUGAAAGUGAUUUUUGGGAGUUUCUGACUCGCACAGUUUGGUGGGCAAUUCCAGUCAUUUGGCUCCCAGUUGUAUGCUAUAGCAUCUCAGUAUCGAUCUGGAUGGGCCAUACCGUUCCCCAGGUGACAUUGAUGGUAGUUCUUGGAAUUUUUGUGUGGACAUUGAUGGAAUAUACUCUUCAUCGAUUCCUGUUCCAUAUAAAGACGAAGAGCUAUUGGGCAAACACGGCUCAUUAUCUUCUUCAUGGUUGUCAUCACAAGCAUCCUAUGGAUGGUCUACGCCUUGUUUUUCCUCCUGCUGCCACAGCUAUUCUUUGUGUACCGUUCUGGAAUUUAAUCAAACUCAUGUCAACUCCCUCUACUGCUCCUGCUUUAUUUGGAGGAGGCUUAUUGGGGUAUGUCAUGUAUGAUGUAACACACUACUACUUGCAUCAUGCACAACCAACAAGUGAAGUGCCAAAAAAUCUCAAGAAAUAUCAUUUGAAUCAUCAUUUUCGCAUCCAGACCAAAGGUUUUGGUAUCACUUCAUCUUUCUGGGACAAGGUGUUUGGGACGCUACCAAAAUCGAAAUCAGCCAAGAGCAAAUGACUCCUUUCGGAGGAGAGAAUCAGAUUUUUAAUUAAACAUUAUUAAGUAGAAAGGGUAAACAUCUUUCUUUACAUCCUUACAUUCUUUCAUCUGCUGUUACAUGUCUUCUAUCUGCAAAAAAUUGUCUUCAUCAGUCCGUCUAGGUUGUAUUUAGGUUUUCCGUUGGACUGCAUGUUGGGUAAGUUGCCUUCGUCAAUUGGACUGGAAAAUUAUAUCCGGUUAAUAUAUGUAGCGGAGGUUCUAUUUAUUUCAUUUCA